AUGAUUAAAAUAAAAUAUCUUGUAGGACGCUGGAAUCAAGCAUUGGUGUAUCCUCUAACAGUGGCUUCAAAGUCUGCAUCAAUUGCUCGUAAGAAUGCAGCAUUUAAGAUUCUCGAUUCAAUACGCAAACACUCCCUGAAAUUGGUUGAACAAGCGAUGAUGUGCAGUGAGGAAUUGAUUCGGGUGGCCAUCCUCUGGCAUGAACAAUGGGCUGAGGGACUGGAAGAGGCUUCCCGUUUGUACUUUGGUGAAAGAAAUGUAAAAGGAAUGUUUGAAAUAUUGGAACCAUUGCACAAUAUGCUUGAUUGUGGGCCACAAACAUUGAAAAAGACUACAUUCAGUCAGGCCUAUGGACGUGAAUUAACCGAAGACUACGAAUGAAGCCAGAGACAUAAGACUUCUUCGAAUUGGAUGGAUUUGGCCCAUGCAUGUACUAUCAUAUAUGACAUAUUUCGAAAAAAUAAAUUAAUGAUCCAAACAUCAAAA